AUGGAGGCGUUGGAGAAUGGAUCAGAAAGCGGACUAGUAGAGCAUCAGCUGAAGUACUGUUCUCAAGUGCUGAUCAGGAUGAAGAGGAAUGCGAAUGCCUCGCCUUUUCUUGAACCGGUUGAUCCUGUGAAAUUAGGGAUUCCAGACUAUCCUCUGAAGAUAACACAUCCAAUGGAUCUGUCGACGAUACGCAAGAAGCUGGAUGUGAAAGAGUACAAGGAAGUGAAUGAUUUUGAUGCAGACAUGCGGCUGAUGUUCCAGAACUGCUAUACGUACAACCCAGCAGGGACAGUUGUGCAUGAGAUGGGGAAAGCACUUGAGGGAGUUUAUGAUGAGCUGAUGGCUGGGAUGCCGAAUGAGGUGGGAAGGAAGAGAAAGCGAAAUGAGGUAGUACCAACUACAGGAAGAGCUAAGCAGAUAAAAAGAAGCGCAAGGGUAAGUGAAGGGAUGAAAGUAGAAGAGUAUGAGUUGUGCAAUGAAGUUGUUGCAGAGCUGAUUAAGGGAAAGCACAAGGCAUACAACUGGCCGUUUCUUGAGCCUGUUGAUGAGGGGCUUGUGCCUGGAUACUACUCUGUGAUUAGUGAGCCGAUUGAUCUGCAGACAAUAAACAAUAAGCUUGAGCAGAGGAAAUAUCACGGAGUUGAGGAGUUUAAGAAUGAUCUUGAGCUGAUUAUUGAGAACUGUAAGAAAUUCAAUGCACCAGGAACGGAAGUUUAUGAGUGUGGGAUUGAGUUUGAGAAGGAAAUAACGGCACAGAUACAAAGGGUGAUGCCCAACGAUGUACGUGGAAAGAUAGCGGAGUUGAAGAAGAAGAUAGCAGGAUAUACUAGAGAAAUAAAGAUGUUAGAAGCAAGGAUAGCAGAACAGGACUGGGAGGGAUCGAGUAUGAAGACAUACUCUCUGAGUGAGCGAGUGAGUAUUGGAAAUGCAAUACUGAAUAUGAAUAGGAAUCAAACGGAGGAGGUAGCAAAGAUAGUUUUGAGACAUGGAUCUGGAGAGUUUGUAGAGAACGAUGAGAUUGAGGUGGACAUGAGGACGAUUCCUGACCAUGUAGUAGAGGAAAUUGAUAUGUACAUCAAUGGGGUUGGUGGAGAUGCCAGUGACACUUUGAAAAGUGACUGA